ACGUGUCCGGCAUACCGGAAGUAAGCGAACCCGACGUUCUCAACAUGGCGGCGCCCGGCGAAGACGCGUGUACCGCCGGGGACGGGGAGACGGAGGAGAUGGACGAAGCCGGCAGCGACGACAACGACAUGGAGGAUGAGGGGGUCGACGGAGAGGUCGAGAGCAAAGUGUACGUCCCCGGCUUAGAGCCGCUGCAGCCGGGGGUCGAGCUGGAGAUGGACCAGUCGGCUUACCGCAUGUACCACGAGUGCCAGACGGGUGCUCCUUGCUUGAGCUUCGACAUAGUGAGAGAUGAAGAUGGGGGAAACAGGGAGCAGUUUCCCUUGUCACUGCUGCUCUGUGCAGGCACGCAAGCCGACACUGCACUCAGCAACAGACUCCUUGUCAUGCGCAUGCAUAACCUUCAUGGAACAGGGGAAGUGAAGGAAGACGAGAAAGAAAGCAGCGAUGAAGAGAGCGAUGAAGACGAAGAUAAAAAGCCACAGAUGGAGCUGGCAAUGAUGCCUCACUAUGGAGGAAUUAACAGAGUCAGGGUGACUCGACGCGGGCAGCAGUCGUUGGCUGCUGUCUGGUCAGAAAAGGGGCAGGUUGAAAUAUUUGACUUGCAGCCUCAGCUGGAGGCAGUCCACAAUUCUGAUGCCAUGGCAGCGUUAAUCCAGCAGCAGAAGGAAGCCUCUCCCCUCUUCAGUUUCUCGGGCCACAUGACCGAAGGCUUUGCGAUUGACUGGUCUCCGAAAGUACCCGGCCGUCUGGUCAGUGGUGACUGCAAGAAAAACAUCCAUGUCUGGGAGCCACGGGAAGGCGGGACGUCAUGGCAGAUCGACCAGCGGCCUUUCAGCUCGCACAGCAAGUCUGUGGAGGACUUGCAGUGGUCGCCCACAGAAGCUACAGUUUUUGCCUCCUGUUCAGUGGAUCAGUCUAUUCGCGUAUGGGAUAUCCGCGCCCCGCCCAACUCGAUGCUCUCAGCUAACGAAGCUCACUCGUCAGACGUCAACGUCAUCAGCUGGAACAGCAGUGAACCGUUCCUCCUGUCUGGAGGGGAUGACGGGCUCCUAAAAGUAUGGGACCUUCGCCAGUUUAAGUCUGGACGGCCCGUGGCCAACUUCAAGCAGCACAGCGCUCCGGUCACCUCGGUUGAGUGGAACCCUGUGGAUUCCAGCGUGUUCGCCGCCUCCGGAGCGGAUGACGUCGUCAGUCAGUGGGAUCUGUCGGUGGAGUCGUGUGACGUGGGUGCGAGGGCAGAGGGGGUGAAGGACCUCCCUCCCCAGCUUCUCUUCCUGCACCAGGGUCAAACGGAAGUCAAGGAGAUCCACUGGCAUCCACAGAUGCCCGGCGUGUUGAUCUCCACCGCUCUGUCAGGAUUCAACUUGUUCCGGACGAUAUCGGUGUAGGUGCUGUGAGUGACUGAGCGAGGCGUGCAGGUGCAUGCGUGAUGCGCAUGUGGGACAAAUCUCGUGUCCGAAGGGGCACCCUGGCGGCUCACCCGGUGGAGCAUGUACCACAUAAGGCUGAGUCCUUUACUGCAGUGGCCUGGGUUCGAAUCCGGCCCGGGCCCUUCGCUGCAUGUCAUCCCCUCUCUGUCUUUCCCGUCUCUCUCUCUCUCUCUACUAUCGCUAUCAAAUAAAGGCAGAAAAUGGCAACAACAAAAAAAAUCUAAAGAAAAAAUGUCCGAAUAUAUACUUGAUUAUAUUCGAGCAUGUCUGUAAAUAGGUUUUCGACUCCCCGUGAUAGGCAACUCUUCUUUUAUUACAUUCUCUGGUCAGCGUCGACCAGAUGUUGAGUUAUCUGUUCUUAUAAUCCUUCUAAUAAAACACCCUGUCCAAGCAGGAGGCCGGGGGUGAAAUUCCGGCCUCUCAGACUGACACCGGGAUAGAAUUUGUCUUAGGGAAAAUAAAUAAAUUCAUACAUGAUCAGUAUCAAC